AUGUGUUUGACAGUGAGGGUUGGGGAGUGGAGAGAGGAGCCGUUGAGAGGUGGUGGCGGUGGAGGAGAUGUGGAGGGAGAGCUAGAAAACUUUUACCAUGCUGCAAGAAAUGGUAUGAGAACGUUAAGGAGAUACAAGGAAGGAUUGUGUAUCAGAAUCACUGCUCAGAUAUAUUGUAGAGCAUUCUCAGCCAUUAGCAAUGCUAAAGCUGAUAGAUCCAGAGACCAAGAAUGCCUUGUUUCGUUGGGCACAAGUGCCACUCAGUUAUCACUUUUACAUCAAAUCUUGCAAAGCAGUGCAGGAAAAGGUGCACCUAUGGAAGGAAAGGCCUGUCAUGCACAGAGUAUUCGUGUUGGAUUACAAUCAGACACUUUAACAUCGAACAUGCUUAUUAACAUGUAUGCAAAAUGUGGCUUACAUAAUUGUGCGAGAAAAGUAUUUAAUGAAAUGCCUGAAAGGAGCUUAGUUUCAUGGAAUACUAUGAUCGGGUCACUUGCCCGGAGUGGGGAGGAACAUGAAGCUCUUAGUGUUUUUGUAUGCAUGCAAAGAGAAGAAAACCAAUUUAGUGAAUUCACUGUUUCGAGUGUUCUGUCUGCUUGUGCCGCGAAAAGUCUUGUGUCUGAGUGUAAACAGCUGCAUGCUUUUGCUUUUAAGGCAGCUAUGGUCUUGAAUGUCUAUGUGGGGACUGCAUUGCUUGACGUUUAUUCAAAGGCUGGUUUGAUAAAGGAUGCAAGUUUUGUCUUUGAAUCGAUGCCAGAGAGGAGUGAUGUCACAUGGAGUUCAAUGGUUGCCGGGUAUGUGCUAAAUGGGCUUUAUGAGGAGGCUGUGCUGUUGUUCCACAGAGCUCGGAUGAUAGGAUUAGAACAUAACCAGUUUACAAUCUCUUCUGCUAUUUGUGCUUGUGCAGGCCUAGCAGCUUUGAUAGAAGGGAAGCAGGUGCAUGCCUUGUUGUUUAAAACUGGAUUUAGAUUAAAUAUAUAUAUCGUUUCCUCUUUGAUAGAUAUGUAUUCAAAAUGUGGUAGCAUUGAAGAAGCUUACACCAUGUUUCAAGAUAUGGAGGACAGGAACACUGUUCUGUGGAAUGCCAUGAUUUCUGGGUUUUCUAGACAUGCUUGCUCCCUAGAGGUGAUGAUCUUAUUUGAGAAGAUGCAGCAGGCAGGCAUGCUCCCAAGUGAAGUAGCGUAUAUAUCUGUAUUAACUGCUUGUAGUCAUAUGGGAUUGGUUGAAAGUGGAAAGAAGUAUUUCAACCUCAUGAUAACAGAACACAACGUGUCCCCAAAUGUUGUUCACUAUGCAUGCAUGGUUGAUAUUUUUGGUCGGUCAGGGUUGAUUCUUGAAGCCCAUAAUUUGAUAGAGGAUAUGCCAUUUGAGGCUACUGCUUCUAUGUGGGGUUCUCUGUUAGCUUCUUGUAGGAUCCAUGGAAAUUUAGAUUUAGCUGAGAUAGCAGCUAAACAUUUGUCUGAAAUAGAACCGAACAAUGCAGGGAACCUCAUUUUGUUGUCAAAUAUUUAUGCAGCAAAUAAUAAGUGGGAGGAGGUUGCACGAACAAGGAAGCUUCUUAAAGAAAGUGAGUUGAAGAAGGAGAGAGGGAAGAGUUGGAUUGAAAUCAAGGACAAAGUUCACUCAUUUAUGGUUGGAGAGAGAGCACAUCCUAGAAUUGCUGAGAUAUACUCUAAGUUAGACCAAUUGGUGGAAAAAUUAAGGACGAUGGGUUACAAGGCUGAGAUUGCACAUGAUCUUCAUUAUGUCGAAGAGAGCAAAAAAGAUGAACUUCUGAGGCACCAUAGUGAAAAACUGGCUCUGACUUUUGGUUUGAUGUGCUUACCCUCCAAUGCACCUAUCAGGAUCAUGAAAAAUCUUAGGAUUUGUGGGGAUUGCCAUUCUUUUAUGAAGAUUGCAUCACGUUGUUUGGGGAGGGAAAUCAUUGUCAGGGAUACUAAAAGGUUUCACCAUUUCAAGAAUGGUUUUUGCUCUUGUCGGGAAUUUUGGUGAAAUACUUGUGCUCCAUUAUCUAAAUGAUUACUUACUGUCAGCAUUUUGUGCACUUUCCUAGUUAUUGCUGAUCAAAGGGACCUAGGUAAUCGCCGAUCAACCAGCUGACGAAGGGGAUAAGGGAAACAGGGAGGCUACUGGACAGGCAAGUAGCGGACGCAUUAAGUUGAAAUUUGUUGGUCUUGAAGGCAUUAUGUCUAACUGAGAAAGAAAUGGGACCCUUGCGUUAGGACUCAUCAAGGGCAGACUUUGUGAAAGAUUUAAUUUUACCAAGUUCAAUGAUAUCUUUGUUAUUAUUGGAUUGAUGUCAGGCUCUGACAAGGAAAAUACAAGGCAAAGACAACAUAAUGUGUACAUGAUGAAGUGAUGAACCAAUCCAAUUGGUAGGUUUCUUAUUGAAAGAACA